AGACACACGCCCUUUAAUAGCUUCUCCCAGCCAGGCGGCCGUCGGAGGAGAAGGCUGGUGGUUGCGCCCGCCGUCGGAUGCGAGGGUCCGGCAGGCGACAUGGCGCACCACCCGCAGCAGCACGCCGAGUACGCGCCGCCGUCGGGGGAGUUCUACUACGACUACGGUGAGGAGCCGCCGGGCAACUGGAGCGGCGUCGGGGCGCUGGAGUGCGCGUGGGCCGAGGCCGAGGCGGACUGGGAGGUCUCCUUCUCGCUCCUGCCGGUCCUCUACAUGCUGGUCUUCGUGCUGGGUCUGUCGGGCAACGGGCUGGUCAUCUUCACGGUGUGGCGCGGCCCGCCGGGCAAGCGCCGCUCGGCCGACACCUAUAUCGGCAACCUGGCGCUGGCCGACCUGGCCUUCGUGGUGACGCUGCCGCUGUGGGCAGCCUACACGGCGCUGCGCUUCCACUGGCCCUUCGGCUCGGCCCUCUGCAAGCUGAGCAGCUACCUGGUGCUGCUCAACAUGUUCGCCUCCGCCUUCUGCCUCGGCUGCCUCAGCUUCGAGCGCUACCUGGCCAUCGUGCACGCCAUCCCGCGCUCCGUCGGCCGGCCGGCCUCCGCCUCCUCCUCCGGGCGGGCCCGCGCCUCCACCCUCUUCUCGCUGGCCGGCGUCUGGCUGCUGGCCGGCCUCUUGGCCCUGCCGGCCCUGCUCCUGCGCGACACGCGCCCGGGCCUGCGCCACGACGGCGAGGGGGAGGAAGACGGCGGCGGCCCCGGCAACGUCUCCUCCUCUUUGGGCUCGGCCGUCGUGGAGUGCGACAUGGAUUUCAGCAGCGUAGCCUCCAGCCCGCGGGAGAAAGGCUACUGGAUGGCGGCACUGAGCCUGGCCACGACGGCGCUGGGCUUCGUCCUGCCGCUGCUGCUCAUGACCCUCUGCUACUGCUGCGUCGGCGCCACCGUCAGCCGCCACUUCCAGCAGCACGUGCGCAAGGAGGAGGGCCGCCAGCGCCGACGGCUCCUUCGCAUCAUCGUCACGCUGGUGGCCGUCUUCGCCCUCUGCUGGUUCCCCUUCCACCUCCUGAAGAACCUCUACGUCCUCUCCUGGGUGGGCCUCAUCCACCUGCCCUGCGCCUGGCUGGAGCUCAUCCCUCGCCUCCACCCCUACGCCACCUGCCUGGCCUACAUCAACAGCUGCCUGAACCCCUUCCUCUACGCCUUCUUCGACAGCCGCUUCCGCGCCCAGUGCCUCCUGCUCCUCGGCUUGCGCAAGGCGCUGCGCGCCCAGGCCGGCUCCGUCUCCUCCACCCUCAGCGGGCAGACCCAGAAGUCCGAGUUGCCCUCCUUGGGCACCAAAGUGUAGAGACAGAGGUGGGCGGCGGCGGCUCCAAACCCUCCCGCACCCCGACGGCGGCGGGCUUUUGGAGGUUGCAGCGGGGGAGAGGGAGAGGCGCGCUCGGGACGGGGCGGGCGGCUCUGGAGUCGCCAGCGCGCCGCUCGGGACUUUGCGCACGGGGCGGCCCUCAUCCGCCCCAGGACGGCGAUUCAGAACUCAUCCCGCCACCGCCCUUUCUUACUUGCUUUUUCUUCGAUGUCGGACUUUCGCGCGUUGGUGCUGUCCCAGUACGUCGGACAAGCCCGCAAGUCCCGGGAAUUCACCGGUUCGGGCAGGUCCCUCUGGCGGGUGACUCUCUUGUGCUGACCCUUGUAAUCAAUAAAUACUUUUUGUUGGUUU